GUCCCCUAAUAUGUACCUAAAGAUAGUAGACAAGUUCAAUGAAUGGUUUGUCUCCGGGUUUGUUACUGCUAGCAAGCAAAGAUUCAUCAUUCUCCACGAUGUUAAGAAUGAGGACGGAAUAAAAAACUUCUUCACUGAAAUGUACGAGACAUAUAUAAAGCAGGUGAUGAACCCAUUCUACGAAGUGAACAGUCCCAUUACUUCCCCGGCAUUUGAGAAGAAGGCUCUCUUCUAUGGACGCAAAUUCCUCGUCAAUUAGAAAACAUCAACACAAGGAUGCUGUGGAGGCCCGGAAAAGAGGGUAGGAGUACAGGAGCAGGACCCCCUGAGCAUAGUCCUGCAGCUACACCUAGCCGAGCUGUUUACGGAUUCUUCCUC